GGAUCAGGGUCUGGUGAAAGGGCUGGAGGCGCCAUGUCGGGCCGGGAAGGUGGCAAAAAGAAGCCCCUGAAACAGCCCAAGAAGCAGGCCAAGGAGAUGGACGAGGAAGAUAAGGCUUUCAAGCAGAAACAAAAGGAGGAACAGAAGAAACUCGAGGAACUAAAAUCCAAGGCCGCUGGGAAGGGCCCCCUGGCCACAGGUGGAAUUAAGAAAUCUGGCAAAAAGUAAGCUGUUCCUCACAUCUGGGGUGAUGGUGACCCUCCUCUUCCAUUCCUAUUUAAACAUCUGGAUUCCCUGUCAUAACAUCUUUGCCACCUAAUAGCUAGAAUGAAGUGUUAUCCUGGAGCCCAUUGUACAUUGUAAUAAACUUUUGUAAAAAAAAAAAAAAA